AGCACAGAUACUGGUUUGUCAUAGUCCUCUGAUGGCGGAUUCAGAUUUGAAGCUACUCUCUACAACCAUCACACGAGCAGGCGGUGUCAUGACGUUAGAAGCAAUACUGACUCCACAAGUCGUCGCUGAUUUGACAAAGAAGGAUCUGCCUUCCUUCAAAGAACUCGUGGUUCAUCUAUACACAAACCUACUACCAGCCCCGUCAGCUCCCGUAUCCCGCCAGAGCUUCGCCCGUAUCAUUUUUUCCUGCGUACAGGCCAUCAUUGAAAAUACUUCCAUCUCCACUGUCAAAAAAGUCGAGAAGUUACUGAAAUUCUGUUUUAGCGUGGGAAUUGGAAGGCAGGCCUAUCCGCUUGUUCUGGAUCAAAUCCUUGUUGAAGGCGCGGUGAAUGAUCCGGAAGGAAUACAUAUUUCAAGGAUGUUCUCGUUCCAAUGAUCAUACAUCUUUGAUCUAUCCUGACUGACCAUGGCAUCUCCUGAUAGGACAGCCAUGUAAGAGGCUCUGCUCUAUGGUAACACAACAGUAUACACAUCAUCAUCGAGAAGCUCGAGUCAGCAUCAGAUUUUGGAGCCGCAUUCAAGAAUUUCAAUAUGAGCCAGAGGUAUGCAUAUGACUGACUUGAGAGUCAAAUCAAAAAUUUAAUAAGCCAUCUCUAAAGAAGAAAGAGAAUGUGGACAUGGAAGAGACAACAG